ACAUGUAUUAUCAUAAGGAAACGUAGGGAAGUACAAUACAUUUGUUUCUGAUAAACCUCGCUGUUAAACGUUUGAUAACCAAUGUUUACUAUAUUGUGACAUCUAGUGUUAAUCUUUGCUAUACUCAUACACUAACUAAAUCUUUUUCGCCGAGGAAACAUUUAUCACGUUUCCAGGAUCGAUUAUGACACGGUUUCACGUGUAUUUGGGCGUGAUGUGUGCAGUUGUUAUAGCAACACUGAUCAACCACGCCCAAGGUGAGGCCACGCCCAACAUCGUGUUCAUCUUAACGGAUGACCAAGAUCUGGAGCUGGGAGGCACGAUUCCCAUAAAGAAAACUCGGGAUUUAAUUGGCAGCCAAGGAAAAGUGUUCGAACAGUUUUACGUGAACACACCUCUCUGCUGCCCGAGUAGAUCCAGCAUCCUAACCGGAAAGCACGUGCACAAUAAUAUGGCGGUAAAUAAUUCUCUGGAGGGAAACUGCAGCAGUCCCGCGUGGCAACAGACACAGGAAGUGAGGGCCUUCCCGACCUACCUUCACAGAAAAGGGUACACUACAUUCUUCGCUGGAAAAUACCUCAAUCGUUACGGUAACAAAAAGGCGGGUGGUGUUCAGCACGUGCCCCCGGGAUGGACACACUGGAACGGACUGGUGGGCAACUCUAAAUACUACAACUAUACACUUUCUGUGGACGGCGUGGAAGAGAAACAUGGCGACAACUACGACGAGGAUUAUUUUACUGACGUCAUCAACAGAAAGGCAACGACGUUCUUAAACUCGGCCCCGCCCACUCCGUUCUUCAUGAUGUUGGCCACGCCUUCUGCCCACGCCCCCUUUACUCCUGCUCCACAGUACCGGGACCGGUUUAGCCAAGUCAAGGCCCCAAGGGACGGUUCCUUCAACAUGCACGGCUCGGACAAACAUUGGUUGAUACGACAGGCUAUAACACCUAUGAUGAACGAAUCUGUCCAGUACUUAGACAGUAUAUACAGAGACAGGUGGCGUACAUUACUUUCUGUGGAUGAUAUGGUGGAGAACCUGGUGGACCAGCUGACUAAAAAAGGCCUCAUAGACAACACUUACAUCUUCUUCUCCUCUGAUAACGGUUACCAUGUCGAUAACGGUAACCAUGUCGGCCAGUUCUCCCUGCCAUCAGAUAAGCGCCAGCUCUACCAGUUUGACAUCCACGUGCCUUUCAUGGUCCGGGGGCCGGGCAUAACCCCAGGAACGACCAGCCAGGACUUGGUGACCAGUAUUGACCUAGCACCGACAUUCUUAGAAAUUGCUAAAAUCCCGCCUCCGUCUGACAUGGAUGGCUUGUCCCUUCUCCCGCAACUGUCUGAUACACAGAUCAAUGCACAGGACCGGAAGUACCUUCUGAUUGAACACCAGGGAGAGCAUACUGCCACCAUACCCGGAUGUCCUCAAUACGAUGGUCAAAAUAUGGCGAACUGUUUGUCAGCGUGUGUUUGUGAGGACUCUCUGAACAACACCUACUCCUGUAUAGUGGGCGGGGAGGAGGGACAGUUCUACAAGUACUGUAGGCUGCAGGACGAUGAGAAUUUUGAAGAGUACUACGAUCUGCUUGUUGAUGUCAGUGAACUUAGAAAUCUCGCACCUGUAAUCAAAAACAACGUUUCUCUUUAUGAUCACGUGACCAGAACUUUGUCACACUUAGUUCAGUGCGCGGGACCCUCGUGUUCACGAAUCCCCGAAAAGGAGCGUCCUUGUGACGUCAAACAGACAUAUUUAAAUGUAUUUACUUAUAUAUUUGAAUUGAUACAGUCAAUGUUCAACUUAUAUUGAAACAUAAAUACAAAAAAAUGUGUUUUCUGAAGAUUGAUAACCCGAGUGGUAUAGUAUACAAAUGUGUAAAUAUAUCACUUAUGCUUCAUAUAUAUAUAGUCUAAA